GGCAGAUCACAGGAGAUGUGGGUACAAAGGAUGGCAUUGUGUAUGAGGAAGUGUUUUUCUUAAAUUGUGGAUCACUGUAUAAAUGUUGACUCUGUUUUUCUCUACAUUUAAAUAACUUGGGGGCUCUAAGAAUAUUUGCACUUCUAGAAACUCCCGGAAAGGGAAGAAUGGGGAUUGGGAAAGAACAAAAGGGUGGGGUGGGAAGAGAGAGGAAAAGGGCUUCCCACAACAGUGAAUUUCAGUUAUGAAGAAGAGAAAAUGAAUCAGUUUUUAAAAUAAGGUUUUAAUAACAAGGUACUUACGUUCCAGAGCUUGCUAGACCUGCUCGUGAACAUCUGGUCUCAUUUGUCAGCAAAUGGAAAUGUUUGAUUGAAGGAUUGUUGAGAUUACUUACUUGAGAAAUUAACCCUGGGAUUUUUUUUUUCUGGAGGACACAGGAAGUGAUACUACUUUUAUAAUGGCAUCAAUAAUUUUGGCCAGGAAACAGAUAAGAAUUGCUCUUCAAAUAUGGGAAGAACUAACAGGAAUUCUGGGGGUAGGCAAGCUUUUAAAGAGAAAGCAUCUAGAAAAAUUAAAUUCCUUCAUGUAUCUAGUUAGGAGAGUCUUUUCAUUAAGAAAUGUUGUAAGAAGCUUGUUAAUACCUUGUGGCUAAGAACACACAUGUAUUCGCUGUUAUUGUUUAGUUCUACACAUGAGCCUUAGCAUUGUCUCCGUCAUCUGGUGUUUCCUUUCUCCCCUGGAUUCACACAGGAUUGCGCUACAUAGAGAAAAUUUAUUAUACCAUAGUAUCUGUGUACCUGUAAGCCUUGGUGAAGUUCCAGCAAGUUACAAGUCUGGAAGGAAGCCUUGAUUUUGAUUUCUUUGUGAAGCCAGUAAACACCACAGUGGAGGAGGAGAGCAGUAGAUCGGGGAGGAAACAAUGUACUGGGGAAAGAGCCCAGUUUUGUCUUCGAGUUCACCUGCUUUGUGACAUGUGAAUGCGCUACAGAAAUUGGCAGACAGCACACCAUCCGCCUGCCUUGGAGGAGACAAAAGAGGUGAAAGAGAAAGAGGAGUGAAAUCCUAGCAAGUGGCACUGCCAUGUCUUUAAUUAUCCAAACUCCCCCACACUUGGAGAAGCUGCGGUGGGACUUAAGAGCUUGUUCCAGCCUGAAUUACUGCUAGUUGAAUCUAGGGACAAUUCGCUGGUAUCUCAGGCUUCAAGGGGCUCCUUUAUUGAGAAUCGAUGUCUUCUCCCAUGUAAUUGAUCACCAUAGACCCAGGGACACCCGAUUCAUCGUGGAGGGUGGGUAGUCAUCAUGAAUAAUCAAAGAGCUGUGGUGGCACUGCUGCAAGAGUGCAAGCAAGUACUGGAUCAGCUCUUGUUGGAGGCCCCAGAUGUGUCAGAAGAAGACAAGAGUGAGGACCAGCGGUGCAGAGCUUCACUCCCCAGCGAGUUAAGGACCCUGAUCCAGGAGGCAAAGGAAAUGAAGUGGCCCUUCGUGCCUGAAAAGUGGCAGUACAAACAAGCCGUGGGCCCAGAGGACAAAACAAACCUGCAAGAUGUGAUUGGCGCCGGGUUGCAGCCGUUACUGGCGGCCCUGCGCGCCUCCAUCCUAGCCCGGGACUGUGCCACCGCCUCGGCCAUCGUGUUCCUCACCGACCGCUUCCUGUAUGGGCUGGACGUCUCCGGGAAGCUGCUGCAGGUCGCCAAAGGCCUGCACAGGUUGCAGCCCACCACGCCCAUCGCCCCGCAGGUGGUUAUUCGCAGAGCCCGAAUCUCCGUCAACUCAGGGAAGCUCUUAAAAGCAGAGUAUAUUCUGAGCAGUCUAAUAAGCAACAAUGGAGCAACGGGUACCUGGCAGUACAGCAGUGAAAGUGACAAGAUCCUGGUGCAGUCAGUCUGUAUACAGAUCAGAGGGCAAAUUCUGCAAAAGCUAGGGAUGUGGUAUGAAGCAGCAGAAUUGAUAUGGGCCUCAAUCGUAGGCUAUAUGACGCUUCCCCAGCCAGAUAAAAAGGGCAUUUCUACAUCACUAGGCAUACUGGCAGACAUCUUUGUUUCCAUGAGCAAGAAAGAUUAUGAACAGUUUAAAAACAACCCACAAAUUAACCUGGGCCUGCUCAAGGAGUUUGACCACCAUUUGCUGUCGGCUGCAGAAGCCUGCAAGCUGGCAGCUGCCUUCAGUGCCUACACACCUCUCUUCGUGCUCACGGCGGUGAAUAUCCGUGGCACCUGCUUGCUGUCAUACAGUAGUUCUAAUGACUGUCCUCCUGACAAGAAAAAUGUGUAUCUGUGUGAAGCCAAGGACGCCUUUGAAAUUGGCCUCCUCACCAAGAAAGGUGAUGAGCCAGUUGCUGGAAAACAGGAACUUCAUAGUUUUGUCAAAGCUGCUUUUGGUCUCACCACAGUGCACCAAAGACUCCAUGGAGAGACAGAGGUGGUGGGUAUUGCAAGUAAGCUCUGUGGUGAAGCUAUGGCAAAGCUGUACUCUUUCAGUACUUCCUCCAAAAGUCAGGACAGAGAAGCUCUGUCUCAGGAAAUCAUGUCUAUCAUCACCCAGGUCAAGGAUCACUUACAAGUUCAAAGCUUCUCAAAUCUAGAUGACAAAUCUUAUGUUCCAGAGAGUUUCAAGAGCAGGCUUGAUAAACCCAUCAUGUAUGGGCAAGUGGACUUCAAAAAAAUCCUUGAAACCUAUUCACAGCACCACUCUUCAGUGUGUGAGGUCUUUGAAAGCGCUUGUGGAAACAAACGGAAUGAUCCCCAAACAGGAGUCUGUAUCACUGCUCUGAAAACAGAAACAAAAAACAUAGAUACUGUGAGUGCCACUCAAGAUAAGCCAUGUUCUCAAAAAGGCCUGGGAAGAGCUUCCUCCCAAAUGGCCAAGAGUGAUCAGGAGAAGCUCCGAAAGGUGGCAAGUAGAAACUGGACCCAUUCUGGUGCAGUUCAAGGCUCUGUGGAUCAAGACAUGGAGACUGAGACUGAGCCACCAGGUCACAGUGUUGGGGGGGGAGCUGUUCAGAGCACAUCUCUCAGUGACAACCAGAGCUCUAGUUCUUUGUGCGAGUUAUCAGGGUCUGCUUCUACAAGCUGGGAGGAAGUGAAUUAUGAAGUUGAUGAUUGGUCAGCUAGGAAAGAGACCAGCAAAGAAGAGCAUCUUGUGGAUACUCAGUGUUCUACAGCCUUGUCUGAGGAGCUGGGGGACAGGGAAGCCAGGGCUGUGCACCCAUUGUCUUCAGGUCUCCUUGCUCUCUCUUUCCAGCCAUCUAAGGGUGCCAAUUUAGGGUCUUCUCAAAGCCAACUGCACCAACAGAUGCUCUUGGCCACUUUCCCUUCUCAUAACACAGCAGGCUCUUUGCUGGCCUCUGGUGCAGGGCAGACAGAACAAGUUCCAGAAGGUAGUCAGGAAACCAGGAAACCCAGAAACACCUGUGCUCACUCCACGCCUUCACAUAGUCCUGCUUUUUGGUUGACUUCUGAUUCUGAUGGACUCAAGAGCAUGGCCACAUUUCCUUCAGUCCAAGAAGAAAUCUUUGAAAUAAUAGAUGAGUUUCCAGAAGCCAACUGUGAUGCUACAGAGGUGCAUGGAAGAGAGAAGGAAAAGGAAGUCAAUACAAGAGGCACAGGCCCUACAUUUAGAGAAAGCCCCUCCUGGGCUGACCCAGAAGGAGAAACAGCAGAAAGCACAGAGAAUGAACCUUUAGAUAGUCGUAGAGUCACGGGCAAUUCUCUGGGCAACAGUUCCAUGUUAACCUGUUGCUCUUUUGCUCCUCGUUGGCCUGUGCAAAAUUCUGACUCAGGAAGGCCUGAUGACUCCACUGGGGAGCAAGGAAUUGAUCCUGAUGCCUCCACGGUGGAUGAGGAGGGCCAGCCACUCAACAGCAUAGGUGUUCACGCCACAACUGGACAAGGCUCUUACAGCUCCUGGGUUCUGAUGCAGCCACCUGGUCAGAGGGCUGAGAGCCCCAAUUCCUCUCUCAGGAGCAGUCCUUUCCCAGUGCUCAGUGAGGACUGCACUACGACGGAAGAAGGAGAGGGACCUGCACACGCGCUCCGCUGCAGCCUGAGCCCCAGCUCUCCCUCGGCGCAGCGGCUCAAAUCACCUGCGUUCUUCAGCGGUUCCUCUGAGGGCGAAACCUCGUGGUCCUUUCUGAAUUCCAGUGGCAGUUCUUUUGUUUCACUGCCAGGAAAGACAAGGCAAGAGACCCUUGAGGCUCGCACCCUGCAGCCUGAGGACUUUGAAAAACUCUUGGCGGGAGUGAGGCAUGACUGGCUGCUGCGAAGGCUGGAGAAUACAGGAAUGUUCAAGCCCAAUCAACUCCAACGAGCGCACAAUGCUCUUUUGUUAAAAUAUUCCAAAACGUCUGAGCUGUGGACAGCCCAGGAAACAGCAGUGUAUUUGGGGGAAUACCUGCAUGUGAAGAAGAAAGGCAGACAAAGAAAUGCAUUUUGGGUUCAUCACCUGCACCAAGAAGAAACUCUGGGGAGGUAUGUUGGGAAGGAAUAUAAGGAGGAGAAGGGACUCUGGCCCCACUUCAUCGAUGUGGAGCGGCAGAUGACAGCACAGCACUACGUGAUGGAGUUUAACAAGAGACUCUAUGAACACAAGAUUCCAACACAGAUAUUCUACAUCCCAUCCACAAUAUUACUGAUUUUGGAAGGCAGGACGAUAAAGGGGUGUGUCAGUGUGGAACCAUACAUGCUGGGAGAAUUCGUAAAAUUAUCAAAUAAUACAAAAGUAGUGAAAACAGAAUACAAAGCUACAGAAUAUGGCCUGGCUUAUGGCCAUUUUUCUUAUGAGUAUUCUAAUCAUAAAGACGUUGUGGUUGAUUUACAAGGAUGGGUGACUGGUGAUGGAAAAGGGCUCAUCUACCUCACAGAUCCCCAGAUUCACUCUGUUGACCAGAAAACUGUUGCUACCAAUUUCGGAAAGAGGGGAAUUUUUUACUUCUUUAAUUACCAGCAUGUGAAAUGCAAUGAAAUCUGCCACCGCCUUUGUUUGACUAGACCUUCAAUGGGGCAGCCAAACAAUCCACAGACUACGGACUGGUGAUGUGACACACCAUGAUUAAACAGACCGCAGUGCUGCCCUCCAGGAUCCUCUUCUCCCUCCUUCCAGGCACACAGUGUAUGGUCCAGCCUGGUCCUUCUGUAUUUUCAAGGGACCACAGUUGUGGCUCUGGCCAGUGGUUUGUGAGAGACUUAGAGGAAUGUCAUGGUCAGACCUGCAUUUAGUUCCAGUGAAAGAUCCUGAAGUCAGUGAUCCUUUGCCAGAAUCAUCAAGAAAGUAUGGUCAGCCAGACAGGUGUUUGACGUCCCAAAGAUGCCAUUUGGGAAGCUCCCGUCGCAUUCAGAGUGCCUAGAUUCAUGUCCUGGCACUGCUCCUGAUUCCAGCUCCCUGCUAAUGUGCACCCUGGGAGGCAGCAGAAGAUGGCUCUAGUGGUCAACUCUCUGCCACCCACAUGAAAGACCUGGACUGAAUUACAGACUCCUGGGCACCAGCUUCAGCCCAUCCCCAACCUUGGCUGUGUUGGGCAUUUGGGGAGUGAGCCAGCAGAUGGGGGAUCUCUUGUCUUUCAGUCUCUUUCUGCCUUCAAAUUAAAUGGAUAAAUAAAUACAUUUUAAUGUA